GGGGUCAUGCCACAAUAUUCACACGUCUGCCCAUAACCACAGUCGGUGAUGAGCUAGUCUUGCUGCUGCACGAUGCUUUACGCCAAUGGGCUGAGCGCUAUGAUGUGGGCUAUAUCCAUAUUCCUUGGAUCAAGCCUUAUGGCGCUUGCAAGUGAAACUCCAUGCACUUUGCACCAUGAAGGCAACUACUACAAUCUGAAUUCGUUGAAGGCUAGUCAGGACUACGAGUUCAAGACACCGGGUGGACAUUCUUUCUACCUGAAUGUCUGUCGACGCUUUCCCAACAAUGUUGACAUUGCUGGUCUAGUGCGGAAAGACCACCACGACUUUGCCGUAGGACUUGUUAAUACGACCCUGGAAAUGAGGGAUACGGGGCUGAUGUUGCAUCUUUCCAAUGGUUCACCCUGCCCUGGGGAAGACAACUUAUACGGGAGCUCUUCUAUCAGAUUUCUUUGUGACGCAUCAGUCUAUGGAGCUGGUGGGGUGAUAUAUCUCUCAACGAGGGGUGUAGCGAUUGAUGUUUCAUCCAGGCAAACCGGUGGUGAUAUCCCAAUUUCCGGAAGACGACAAUCAAGCCUGCCAAUAUAUGGUCGAGUGGCGAACACAUUUUGCUUGUCCCACAGGCGAGAGGGGCCUUAUCUCAGGAUUAAUUGUGUUCUUGGUGAUCUCGUACGUCAUGUUGACAAAAACAUAUAUUUAUUGAUGACUGACACCUUGUAUAAUCGCUUUGUCCUCAAAAAACGUGGCUUUGAUCAAUUGGCCCGGCUUUCCAAACCUCACCUGGUCGAACUCAUGGAUUUUUGCAUGGAGCUCUUCCGGUCCGUGUUAGACAAUGUUCGCUCGAGCGGGAACAGAUGGGCGAGAUUGACCAGGGACCUCAACCCUGCAUCUCACCAAUGGUCAUCAAGGGAUGAGGAGCAGGCGAUGAUGGCCGCUGAUCCCCUUGAAGAUGGCCAUGAUCAGGAACUGCAAGACACUAAUGUGCGAAGAAAUGAUGCAAUGGAUGAUUUGGGACCUAUACGAUCAUGACCGGAACAUGU